AUGUUCAAGUUCGUGAUUUUGGCUACCAUCCUCGCCAGCGUCAGCGCAGGCCUGAUUGGCGCACCACUUGUUGCUGCUCCAGCUGGUCCACUUUUGGCUGCUGCUCCAGUCAUUAGAACUCCAGUUGUUGCUCCUAUCGCAACUCCAGUGAUUGCGAAGACGCUAGUGGCCCAUGCGCCAAUUAUUGAUCAUACUCCUGUUCAUGUGGUCCAUCCUGCUCCUCUUCUUGCCGGACCGGCUUUUGUGAAAGCAGCUCCAAUCACCGUCAUCCACUAA